UGGCCUAUCGCUCGUGUUAACAAAGUGUUCCCUAGUUCAGAUGAGAAAGUUCGUAAAGUAGAAGUAUUGGUCUACAAAGAUGACAAACUAGUGAGCUAUGUUCGACCAAUUGUUGAGAUGGUAUUACUUGUUAAUGCCGAGUGAUUAAGUUCAACUUGUAUUAACACUGCCAUUUAUGUGACUUUUCAAAUAGAUAUGGAUUUUAUGUGUUGUAUUUUGAUUAAGGUUCAUAUUUGACAUCCUAAAAGUAUUUUCCUAUACUGAAUCAAUGUAAAUAAGAUUUCAGUUUGUUUUUUAAUUGCAAAUGCGUACAGUGGUUUACAUACUUUAUACUAAAUCCAGAUUGUUAGGAAUCACCUUGUACUUAUAAGACUAAGUACACCUUAGGUCAGGUUUUAUGUACUUGUAUAUGAGGUUGAUUAUCAUUUUUUAGCAUUUAGUAACUUGUCAGUUUUAUGUCAAACUCUAUGUAACUGUAUGUUUAUGCUCAUUAUACAGUAUUACACUUUAAGUCUCUAGUCGAUGUGUGUGUGUUACAAAAAAGUUGUGUUUGUUUGAUUUAAGUUGUACCCUCAUAUAUUAUUAAUGGGUGAUAUUAGUUAAAUAUCAGACGGGGAGUGUUCUGAACCCCUCUCGAUAUUCACAGUUUAUAGAAGAAAACUAAUAGUGCUGUGUAACCUUUGAAAAUGGUAUGAAUUUAUUCACUCAACUUGUACUUACUUUAAUGGGAGAAAUUUUCCCGCAAUCUCAAUUUUAGUCAAUUCAUGCCCCCUCACAGUUUUGUGGCAUCUAGAUUUUUGUGUGGUUCAUACAGUCUGAGGAUCGCAGUGCACAGUUACCUUGUCGUGGGAUUCUGGGAUGUUCAUUUGGUUGCAGUAACCUUAAGAAUUGACACGCGACGGUACAGUAUGGAACAUGCUACCCAGAAUCUUGGUGAGGAGGUGGCACGGGCAUACGAGAGAAUACGCACCAGAAUCUGGAAGACUCCGCUUAUGUUUUCAUCAUACUUGAGCGUUGAGGACUCAACACAGGUCUACCUGAAACUUGACAGCGAACAAAUAACCGGGUCGUUUAAAGUUCGCGGGGCAUUUAACAAGAUAUUGACACUUAAGAAAACCAGUCCGGAAGUGCUGACCCGGGGCUUCACAACGGCCUCGACCGGAAACCACGGUCUCGCCUGUCUGUAUGCCUGUGGGUCGUGCGGAUGCGCGCUGGAGAUAUUCUGUCGGGAAGGCGUGUGUCCCUCGAAGUUAGCAGCACUGCAGUCCUUGGGAGCCACCGUCACCCUGUACGGUCAAGACUGUGUUGACGCCGAGAUAAGGGCCAGACAUACGGCGGAGAGCACCGGGAGAACGUACAUAUCUCCUUACAACGAUGUCGACGUGAUGGCGGGCAACGGAACGGUUGGUUACGAGAUAUACGAAGACCUUCCGGAGGUUGACUAUGUGCUGGUGGCGGUCGGCGGUGGCGGCUUCAUCGGGGGAGCGGCGGCAUACCUUAAACACCGGAAUCCAAACAUACAGGUGAUAGGGUGUCAGCCCCGGAACUCCAAAGUCAUGUAUGAAAGCGUUAAGGCGGGCCAUAUCGUCCACGAGCCGUCACUGGACACGCUAUCGGACGGCACCAGCGGCGAUGUCGAGGAUAAAGCUGUGACAUUCCCGGUGUGCGCGCGCUACGUGGACGACUGGAUUCUGGUUGGAGAGCAAGAGAUCUCGGACGCCGUCUACCACAUUCUCAACACACAUCACAAGAUUAUCGAAGGCAGUGCCGGUGUUACUGUUGCUGCGUAUCUUGCAAAUAAAGACCGGUUCAAGGGAUCUAAAGUUGUGCUGGUGUUGUGUGGAGCGAAUAUUGCCACGGACACUCUUAGAAACAUUUUGGACCAGCACAAAACGUAGUGACAUUAUACAAAUUGCCUGGUGAUUCCAGUCGACAACACUUACAAACUGUUUGGUUGUGUUGGGAACUUGCAAUUGUGUUUAAAGAAAGACACGAGGAUCAUCUAAUAAUUUCUUUAGACAUUUCUUGCUUAUGUCUGAUAUGAUAAUCAUGAUAAAAACACACAAACAUG